UAGUAUAUCUUUGCGCGUUGCGCGCGCAUCGCAUCUGCCCGACCGACUGAUUAUGGCGGACAGGCAGUGAAGAAUGUUUGUCGCCUUUUCUAAAUCAGAAAGUAUCGACAACAGCCAAUGGCAUAAACCGGGUUUUUUGUAAAAAUUGUACAUUGUAAAUAGUUCUGUGUACAUAUAGUAAUUAUAUUUGUGCUCGUUUUGUUUAGAAAUUGUGUGAAUAGUGUAUUUUUGAGUGUUUGUUCUGUUCAGUUUUCGACGCCGACAAAUAGUUGUAAUCUAAAGUUAGUACACCCGCAAAAUCUUAGCAAUCUUAAAAUUAAAAGUUUGCAAAUUGCGUUCCCUCGAAAACAUUGAUUUCACAUAUCGCCUUUGUUUCGAUCCGUCAAGGCGACCGUUGCAGUACGUGCAAUAUUUUGGUUUUCCUUAGCGGCUGUCACCGUGCUUUGAUUAAGCUACUGUCAUUACAAAGACAAAAAGAGGGCUACACUCGCUAAAUGGCUUCAAUACUGAAAACUACCGCUCGUGUAUAGUGCAUUUGAUCAUGUAAAGCGAUUUUAUUGCACAUUUGGCCUCAGCGGGAUCGAGUGUAUUGUCGGACGUGUGUAAACAGGAAGAUUGCGAGACAUUUUGUGUUUACCAUAGCGAACAAUCGAAGUGGAUUGAAACUGAAUGCUUGAACCUCACGGUAGCCCAAUGAAGUGGCCGGGCACGGGCGCGGAAGAAGAGGCGGGUGAGGCAGGUUUGCAAAACACGCGCUCGUCGCAGGCUCGCGCUCAGGACGAUGCUACAGUACAUUACGUGUUCCAGCGAGAAUCCCAGGAGGGUGAGCUGCCUUCGCUAGCACCCAAACAGCGUUGGGCCGUCGGCGACGACACUAUUGCCGAGAACCAAGAUAAAUGGAAAAAUCCUUCACCAAUAACAAUGAACAAUAUGCAUCAACAGGGGCCUGCUGUACAGUUAAAAAAUUCUCAAACAAAUCAACAACAAUAUAUUAAUCAAGCAAUUGCCUCAUCAGUGGGAACAUUGGCUAUGAAUCCUUCUGUCAUAGGGAGUCAUCCGGCUCAUUUGACUACAAAUAUGGUUCAUACACAAUUAGCUCCUCUGCAAAAUCAUACAUUGGGCAACAAUUUGACAAUACAAAAUAGUGCUAUGAUGAUUCCACCACUACAGGGUAUACAGAAUGCACCACAAUUGGGACAACAAGGCUUGUAUGACAUUCACCAACAUCCUGGCACUCCAAUGCAAGCUAUGAAUGGCAUUGGCAAAAGUGCAGAACAUUUAAUGUAUUUGAGUCAAGCGGGAAUGUUGGCACCUGGCACUAAUCAGUUUCUUCAACAAGGACAAAACCAACUUGGACUUACACCAGUUGCUGCUAUAAGAAAUCAGAUUGCACCUGCUGCAAAAAAAUUAUGGGACAAAGGCCCUGGCGCUGGCGGCGACAGCAAGGGUCCUCCUCAUCUGCCACCUCUGCAACUAAAUCCUGAUCAGAUGUGGAGGGAUCCGACCUGGUCUGCACAAGCGGUGGAGCACAACGUGGGCGUGCCGAUGAUGAGCACGCGUCGCGGCGUCGCGUUUCCAGGUGGCGAUGGCAGCAGCAUCCUGUCGCCGCGCGACACCGCCGGCCUCGGCGUCAAGAUGGUCGAAUAUGUGCUCGGCGGCUCGCCUACCGGCGGGGGUGAGAAAGUGGCUGGCGUGGUGGCGGGAUUGCGCGGCAUGGUGUUGGAGGAGCGACCCGAGGACAAGUCUGCUUCGCCCUUCGAGAAGGACUUGCAUGAGUUGCACGAGCAUGGAGCGCUGCCCAACGGUUUACACAACGGACAAGAGGACGACAAGGCAUUCAACCGCACGCCGGGCUCGCGCCAGCCGUCGCCGGCGGAGGAGGAGGGCGGCGGGUGCGCAGGCGCACGGAACGGCGAGGCGACGGGCGCCUUCCCGCUGCUGCCGCCGCACGCGCUGCCGCAGCCGCAGCCGCUGCACCACCUACCGCACCUCUCCCACCCGCAGCCUCAUCCAGGGAUGUUAGGCGUAGCUCCCUUGCAGGGACUGCCACACCCUCAACAUCCUCAAAUCCACCCUGGUAUGACUCUUAACGACUCUAUGAAUCAGCACAUUGAACUCGUUUUACAAAUGGAGCAGCAUCCUCAGUUCGACAACAACAGUUUUGCAAGUACGCAGCAGUACGGUGGCGUGGGCGGAGUGGGCGGCGUGGGCGGCGCAAGCGGCGGAGUGGGCGGCGUGGGUGGCGUGGGAGGCGUGGGCGGCGUGGCGGCCGCGCCCGCCAGCCUCGUCAACGGCGCCUCCGUGGUGCAGCCCGCGCCCGACUCCGCGCAGCACCACCAGCCCUUCGACGUGCAGCAAUUGUUUCGUUCGCAACAAGCGGCAGCGGGCGGGCAGGCAGCGGCAGCGCAGCUACAAUUGUUGCAGCAGCAACAACAGCAGCAGUUUCAACUACAGCAACAAUUGGCCGCACAGCAAGCUUUCACUCAGGCACCGUAUGUGAUCAAUGCCGGACAGGAAGGCGCGCCGUAUGUGAGCGCUCUUAUCGCAGGCGUACCACCGUACUACGGUGUAGCCGCGCCGUGGGGAGUGUACCCCGGUCUUGUGGCGCAGCCGGCGCAGCAGCAGGCGCAACAGCCGCGCCGCCCGCUGACUCCCCAGCAAGGGGAGCAGCAGGUGAAUGGACAGGGCCAAUAUGUGAUCCCGUACUACGACCCUGGUUCGUUGGUGAUGGGUGGGCGCAACGGCACGCCUCUCCGGCUCGUGUCGCCCGGCGGCGUGCUGGCGCCGCGGCAGUACCAGCCGGCCCCCGCGCACCCCGCCGCCUCCGCCGCACCCCCCGCACCAGCGCCUGCGCAGCCGCAACAGCCGCAGCCCGGCGGCGGCGCGGGAUGCGCAGGCGGCGCGCGGCGCGACUCGCUGGAGUUCGGCGGCGGCGGGCCCGCGGCCGCGCUGCAGGAGUACGCGCGCAAGUGGGGGCCCUCGCCGCUGUCGCCGCCGCUGGGCGCCGCGCUCGGGCCCGUCGGGCUGCGGCCCGUGUCCGCCGCGCCCGGCGCCGAGACCGCCAAGUACAGAGCCGUAAGCAGUUUAACCCAGGGUCUCACGUCAAAUGGCAUGUUUGGAUCGUCAUCGUCGUUGCUGAGUAAACUUGGAGGAGUGGGCACUAUUUCAGAGCUAGUGGGCGGCGGCGUGGGUGUGGGCGGCGUUGGCGUGGGCGGAGUGGGUGUGGGUGGCGUGGGUGCGGUGGGCGGCGUGUCGGUCGGCGCGCUGGUGGCGGACAAACCGUCGGCCGGCCGCAGCCGCCUGCUCGAGGAUUUCCGCAACAACCGCUUCCCUAACCUGCAGUUGCGCGACCUUGCCAAUCACAUUGUUGAGUUUUCGCAGGAUCAGCACGGCUCCAGGUUUAUUCAACAAAAGUUAGAAAGGGCUACAGUUCAAGAGAAACAAAUGGUGUUCAACGAGAUAAUUGGCGCCGCAUAUAGUCUUAUGACAGAUGUGUUUGGAAACUACGUCAUUCAAAAAUUCUUUGAGUUUGGAACGACUGAACAAAAAACUACAUUGGCACAGAAAGUGUUGAAGGUGCGCGGUCACGUGCUGAACCUGGCGCUGCAGAUGUACGGGUGCCGCGUGAUCCAGAAGGCGCUGGAGUCCAUCCCCGCCGAGCAGCAGCAGGAGGUGGUGCGCGAGCUCGACGGCCACGUGCUCAAGUGCGUCAAGGACCAGAACGGAAACCAUGUCGUGCAGAAAUGCAUCGAGUGUGUGGAGCCGACGGCGCUACAGUUCAUUAUCAACGCGUUCGCCGGACAGGUGUACGCACUGUCGACGCAUCCGUACGGGUGUCGCGUGAUCCAGCGCAUUCUGGAGCACUGCACUCCCGAGCAGACGGCGCCUGUGCUCGGCGAGCUGCACGCCCACACCGACCAGCUCAUACAGGACCAGUACGGCAACUACGUGGUCCAGCACGUGCUGGAGCACGGCGCCGCCGAGGACCGAUCGCGCCUCGUAGCGGCCGUGCGCGGCAAGGUGUUGCAGCUGUCGCAGCACAAGUUCGCCUCUAACGUAGUCGAGAAGUGUGUCACGCACGCCACGCGCAACGAGCGGGCGCUGCUCAUCGACGAGCUCUGCGGCUUCAACGACAACGCGCUGCACGUCAUGAUGAAGGACCAGUACGCCAACUACGUGGUGCAGAAGAUGAUCGACGUGGCAGAACCCACACAGCGCAAAGUGCUCAUGCACAAGAUCCGACCGCAUAUCGGCUCGCUGCGCAAGUACACCUACGGCAAGCAUAUAAUCGCCAAGUUGGAGAAGUUCUUCAUGAAGGCGCCGGAGCUGGGCCCCAUCGGGCCGCCGCCACCUAACCCUGUUCUGUAGUCUGCGUAAAGUAUUAACGUCCGCGGAGCUAGGCUGAUGCGACGGCGCGGGUAUCCUCCCGCCUAUUAUAAAUUUUGUGAAUAUUUCGAUUGUACAUUUGUAACUAAGCUGAGAGGUCCACCGGGCGGCGCGGUGGCUCGCGAGGAGACGCCGCGCAACCCGGGCGGGCGCGGCGCCUGUACAUACACACGUAGCGUCCGUAGCGGCAGACUGAUGUACAGAACGAUACGAUUUAACUGUAUACUGUAACAAUAGUUGUACAGCGUCGACGCCGACUCCGGUGCUCGGCCGUCGCGUCACCGCGGCGUAGCGUUUGCGUUUUUAGUUGUAAGUGUUCUAGUAUUAUUCGUUGUUCGUAUGAAUCUAUGUAUAAAUAUUUGAACGUCUCUCAUUCUCGUGUAAUUUAUAAAUCGAAGGAGGGCGACGGGCCCGACGGACCCGCGCGUUUCGUAAUUUUAGCUCGUUGUAGAUUUAAUAUUAGCUGGGCUAGGGGACCUUGAAUCUUCGAAGCGAUGGAGGAAUGCCGCAGGCAGUUCUGGACAAUCGACACUAUAGUCGUGAUUAUAUUAUUAUUUUGUACUAUUCUUCAAGUCAAGCUCUCGUUUAAGUUGUAAGCCGGCUUUAAAAUCGUACAUAGUUAUCGAAUAUUGCCUAGUGCCGGAAUGUAUAGUUUGUCGAUUAUAAUUUUGUGAAAAUGAUAUUUUUGUAUAUUUUUAUGUAAUUAAUUUAAGUUAUUUGGUUAAUGAGUCCCCAGAGUCGAGACCGGGGCGAGCGCUUAUCGAGUGGACGAUGCUUAUGUUAUAGUGAAUAGCGUAGGUUAUAGUGAUGAUUGUAAAGUCCUGUACUGAUAGUUGUAGUUCCGAGGUCUGCCUUGCCGAUUGCACGUCACAAGCGUAGCUGCUCCUCAUUCCCCCCUUUGUAAUUAAUUUUUAUAGGAAGCGUAGUUUCCUACGUCACCUCAGAUUUUUUACGUCUAGAUGUAAUUGAAAAUAAAAUUAUUGUAUAUGGCUGUACAAAAAUGUUAACAAAAUGAUUUGUAAAACCCGUAUGUGAUGGAAUUUAGGCGUGGCGUCGAGAGUGACGACGAGGCAACUGACCGCUGCUCUGGCCGCCCCGUCUGUAGGUUGUACUAGAUAACAUUUAUAUGAUCCAUCUAUUUAGACAUUAAUUAUAAUAAAGCAUUUCUGUAAUAAUAUUACAAAGAA